UGAGUUUAAUACCUUUUGCAGUUUGAAAUAUUAGGAACUUAUCCGAUAUCCUCGUAUUAAAUUUGUCACAAGCUGGGCCUAUAUUUAUAUCAAAAGUUACGAUAAAUCUUCUUCACAAUGUUUACGGGAAAAUCAGCCAAAAGUUUUCGCUCGGAUGGUUCUGAUGGAGACAUUGAUGCUUAUGAAUCCGAACUAGAAAAACUCCGACGAAAGUAUCGUAUCAUGGAAGGUGAUAGACAAGCAUAUGCUCUUGAGUCACAGGAUUUAAUUCGUAGACAACUAAUUGAAAUAGAAAAUUUAAGAUCAGAACGAAUGGAACUAGUAAAAAAUCUUAACUUGGCAGAAAGUAAACUAAAUCAAGAAAAAGAUAAAGUGAACAUGUUUGAUCUGCAGAAGUUGCUGAGUGAAAAAGAUGACUGUUUAUUGGAAAUUGAGGAAGAGAAAGUAAAUCAAAGUAAACUUAAUGAGGAAAUUCAAGAAUGGGAGAAAAAUGUUCAAGAGCAGCGUAAGAAAAUGGGAGGUGCUGAUUCUACCAGAAGUUUUGCUCAAACCACUCAGAAACGAAUGAGUGUACUGGAAGGCAGAUUGCAUAGAGCUUUGUCCAAAUUUAACAUAGCCUUAACAUGCAAUGGCGCUCUGAGAGAACAGAUUGAAACAUUACGAAUUGAGAAAGGAAGGUUUCAAAUUCAAUUUAAAAAGUUGGAUAAGUCUUUGAAAGAUUUAAAACGUGAGAUCGGUCAAGUGAUUGAAGCAUCAACCUUGGCGUAUGACCAACGUGACGAUGCACACAGCAAAAUAUUUCUUUUAAAAGAAAAAGCAGAGAAAGAUUUACAAUUAUUUAAUGCAGAAAUAAAAGAAUUACAAAGAGUAAUUAACCAUGACAAAAAAGUUCGUGACUUUAUGAUGGCAAAAGCUACAGCAAGGGGAUUUGACAUAAUAUCUCCUCGAAAAGAAAAAGAUGUGAAAAAGGAAGAAGGAAGAAUGAUUAUUCAAUCAUAUGAAGAAGCAUUUGCGGAGAUUGAACAAAUAACAGGGGAAGUGGAUGUCAAUGAAAUUGUUGCAAAUUUUAUCAAGGUGGAAGAUUGUAACUUUGCUCUGUUUAAUUAUGUAAAUGAGCAAAACAAUGAAGUUGAGCGGUUGCGCGAUAUCAUUGAAGCUAUCCAUAAAGACAUUUCCCAAUUCCAUGAUCAAGGUCUUAAGUUAGAUUCAGGUCGGCAAGAAAUUCUACGAAAACUAGAAGCAGCAACAAGCUAUGCCAAUGCCAAAUAUUUAGAAAACAUAGAGCAAUUAUCUACUACCUUGAAAAUACUUGAUCGCUUGAAGUUGGGUAUAGGAUCAAUCUUUAAACGAACUGGAUGCGACUUGCGAGUUUUGAAUGACCUUCUUGGAAGUUCAGAGGGAGUGAAGGACGACAAUAUUAUGCAAUACCUUGGUAUUAUUGAACAACGAGCAAAUGAAUUGUUGACGGCACAAUCUUUUAUUGAUUCUCAGGAUUAUGAGAAGCAAUAUGAUCCACAAGAGAGUGCUCGUGUUAUUCUUGGUCAAGUUCCAGUGGAAACGGUUCAACCUUUGUUAAUUGCACCUCCUUCAACAGGUGAUUUGCGUCAAAGAGCGAAAAAGAACAAGCUGCUUGCAUCAGUGCUUCAGAUAAAGGAUGAUUACGACAGCGAUGAUCUGGAUAUACGUGGUGAUGAGGAAAGUAGACCUCUUUCUCAAAAUGAACUAAAACAAACCAUAAUGAAAGCGGUGCUAAAGAAGGAAGCUGCUGCAACAAAGAAAGGCUUCAGAUACGAUUUGUCUGCUGCUAAAAAAAAGAAAUGAACUUUUAAGCAUGUUGAACAAUAUGUUAGAAACUAACACAGUGACUGCUACACAAACAUGUCACACAAAUACACUUGCAACACACAAUUACCUAAGCAUAACAGAGAAAAUUAUUUUACCUAUCAUUUUAUAAAGAAGUUUAAGUGUGUAGAUUACUUGUACAUAGAUUGAAUAUUUUCUUGAUUUAUAAAAAGAUCGUACAUAUUGUUGUUUUUAUUUUUAAUAAAGCAUGUAGAGGCCUUACAUUUAAA